AUGAGGCCAGGGAAGGGAAUACUCCUAAACCAGAUAAAAUACAGUUUGGAGUUAAUAUCAAAGGUAGAACUCAGUGGUGCUAAACCAUUUCUUACACCAUUAGAGGCAAAUCAUAAACGUACCACAGUGGACUCUGAUGUUCAUGUGGAAAAUAAAGGUGAUCCUGAACUAGAGGAUGUGGAUAUCAAUCACUGGAUAUGUGGUGAAGUUAGGGGAUGCUAUCCCAACCUGGAAAUCCAAGAAACAACACACAACAGAAGUUCAGCAGAGGCUGAACACAAAAGCAUGGCAGUGGAAGUUGCUAAAUUAACUUGGGUGUAUAAGCUUCUAAAGGAGUUGAACUGUCAUGUUUCUACUCAUGUUACCCUGUAUUGUGAUAACCAAGCAGCCAUACAAAUAGCUUCUAAUCCAAUUUUCCAUGAGAGGACUAAGCAUAUAGACAUUGAAUGCCACUUUGUGAGGGAGAAGAUCAAAAGUGGCCUAAUUCAACCUUAA